CAGAGUCAGCCAGGUGGUCAUGCAAUGAUACCGUGGAUGCCAGCACCACCUUAUCCACUAAACUGUCCACCUGGGCUAGAAUAUUUAAGUCAGAUAGAUAUGGUACUGAUUCACCAGAAGCUUGAAGUUCUAGAAGCCAUAAGCGGUUUUGAAACCAAUAACAUUUAUGAAAUCCAGAACAGCUUUGGACAGAGGAUUUACUUUGCAACAGAAGCUACUCCCUGUUGUACUCGACUUUGCUGUGGACCAGCUAGACCUUUUACUUUGAGGAUAAUUGACAAUAUGCGUCGAGAAGUCAUCACUCUGGAGAGACCUCUGAGAUGUAGUAGCUGUUGUUGCCCCUGCUGCCUUCAGGAGGUAGAAGUCCAAGCUCCUCCUGGUGUACCAGUAGGUUAUGUUACUCAGACCUGGCACCCAUGUCUGCCAAAGUUUGCUGUUCAAAAUGAGCAAAGACAGGAUGUGCUCAAAAUUAAGGGUCCAUGCAUUCCAUGCGGCUGUUUUGCAGAUGUGGAUUUUGAGGUUACAUCUCUUGAUGAAAAAAUUGUGGUUGGCAAGAUUACCAAGAAGUGGUCUCAGAUGCUCAGAGAGGCAUUAACAGAUGCUGACAACUUUGCUGUACAAUUCCCCAUAGACCUUGAUGUUAAAAUGAAAGCUGUGAUGCUUGGUGCUUGUUUUCUUGUUGACUUUAUGUUUUUUGAAACUACUGUGAGGGAGAUAUGGUAG